AUGGCGAAUCAGUCCCAGUGCCUGGACGAUGCCCCUUUCCGGAGUUUACGUGGCUGGGAGCCCAUUCCCCCUCCGGCCUAUAACGAGGCGCAGCGCCUGGCGCUGGAGGAGCUUAUCGCCAAAGGCCGGCCGGCUUUCCAAGCUUUCUUACGCCGGGAAAAAAUGAGCUCUUUCCUUUCCGACCCCGAGAUCCACGCUAUUUUGCGCGCCGCCGUGCAGCCCCUCGGGACAAACGAAAGUGUCUCGGCUACAGACCAAGUCCUGAACGCCUCCUUGGAUUGCUCCUCGCUUACCUACUUCCCAUUGCAGUCCGAUGUUGAACCGCCUGUCCUAGAACUGGGCUGGCCGGCCUUUGUUACCGGCUCUUUCCGAGGACUGACCCGCGUGGAGACUUAUUUUCAGCCCUGUUUUGGGGAGAUCAUCUAUGCUUGCAAAGAGGCGGUGCGUAAGCAGAUCCGGUCAGCCAGAGAAGUUAUUGCUGUGGUUAUGGACACCUUCACAGAUAUGGACAUCUUCACUGACCUUCAGGAAGCUUGUAAGAAGAGGCUGGUUCCUGUGUAUAUACUUCUGGAUCAAAAUUUUCUCUGCCAUUUCUUGGAAAUGUGCAAAAACUUGGAAUUCUCCCCUGAACAGGAAAACUUAAUGAGAGUCCGAACUAUUACUGGAAACACAUAUUAUGCAAGAUCAGGAGCUAAGAUAAUUGGGAGUGUCCAUGAGAAGUUCAUGCUUGUUGAUGGUGUAAGAGUGACUACAGGCUCCUACAGGAUGUUUCUCACUUUUAAAAAUUUUGGAGAAUCCAAAAAGGCUUUUGUUUGA